AUGGAUCAUAGAGAAAUUGAGCUAGAUGUGAAUGCAGUCAAGAGAGGAAGAGGUGCCAUGUCGGAUGAGGGUGUUCAAGGUAAUCCACGCAAGAGGGGCAAGGAUAAUGGUGAUCCAGGUCCAUCAACACUGGCUCAUCGAUCUCAACAGCAACAACCAUCAGCAGUAGUAACUUCACAGCAACCAACCCACGAGGAAAACAUAGUGUAA